AUGGCUGAAAGCAGAAAUAUGGAAUUUAUGGAGCAGCAGCGUAGACAUUUUGUAUCUGGAGAUCUACGAAGCUUGAAUUUUAAAGCCGGAGGAAGCAGCUCGAAUACAAAAGAAAGUAAAAGAAAUUUUUUCGAAAGCUCUAUGAAAAAGACAGAAGAUAAUGCAAAAAAAGUGGGUAGAGCAAUUUCAAAAAAUUUUCAUCUUAAUGCAAUACCAUUUCACGUUGCCGAUAGUGAUCCUUACUACCAAACGAUGAUUGGCACGAUUGCAUCGGUUGGACCUGGAGUUAAAGGACCUAAUGGUAAGAAAAUUGGUGGUGAAUAUUUAAACGAGAAGAUGCAAGAAGUUGUACAAAACAUGAUAUAUCACAAUUCGGUUUAUUCUACAAAUAAGGCAAAGACUACGGACUUUGUCUACACCCUAAUGGAUAAGGAGGUGGAAUCAGUAGGAGUUGACAAUAUUGUACAAAUUGUAACUGAUAGUGAAGCUAGUAUGAAGGUGGCCGGGAAAAAACUGAUGAGGAAAAUGAAGCACAUUUUUUGGUCUUCAUGCGCUGCGCUGCGCAUUGAUUUGAUGUUAGAAGACAUCGGAGAUAUAUUGUCUGUGAAAUAUACGAUAAAAGAAGCCAGGAGAAUUACAGGAUUUAUAUACAAUAGUGAUAAAGUGGUCAAUUUGAUGAAAACAUAUACGAAUGGCCGAGAUCUGUUGCGACCAGGCAUAACAAGAUUUGCAACCGAGUUUGUUGCAAUAGAAAGUCUUUUGAGAUAUGCAACCGAUUUGAAAAGAAUGUGUAUUUCUAGAGAAUGGGUUAAGUACAAUAAUACCUCGAGGAGAAGACAUGAAGCCGGAGAUAUAUCAUACUUGAUUUUGAAUGAAAGAUUUUGGAAACGGAUACGCCGAGUUUGUGGGGUCAUGGAACCCUUAGUGAAGGUUUUAAAAGUAGUUGAUCAAGAUAAAAAAAACCUACACUACCUAUCAUUUAUAAGGCAAUGGAUAUGGCAAAAAUGGCAAUAA